CAACAUCAUAAAUUUUCUCAUGAUGAACUCAACAAUGGGCAAUGUCCAAACCAGGGGCAAGGGUGAUCCAUAAGAAAGCAAAAGACUACUGUAGCGGUCGGACCCAUUUUCUGUAACGGUUCAAAUUUGGCUCUAAAUGAGGGUGAACUCGACAACCCAAUUCAUCAUUGAUGAUCAGCUUCCUUGUCCAGAAUCUAGACGACAGGGAGACACUAAUCUCUUUGAAAUUUUGUUGGAGAUGAUAGAAGAAAAGGUGGAAGGAUCUGCCAUUGAAUGCAGAUAUAUAUGAGGGUAAGGAACCAAUCCCGUUUCACCUCUUUGAACAGGUCAAUUAUCCAGGAAAUUUUCCUUCGGUUCGAGAAGUAGGGUAGAAAUUUCCGGAUUGCUUCCUGAGUUGGAAAUUGACCCCCAACGGCUUUCACAAGGUGACGCCAUGACUUUUCCUCGCGCAGGGGAGUCUUAACAGAGGAUACCAACAUGAAAAAUCCAUGAUUUCUAGUUCCGGGAGGCGAACAAUCUUCUCUGCCUUUUGACCAGAUAGAGUGGUAGGAGAAUUCUAUGUUUCCGGUGGCGUUUUCGUAGGUUGUAUCAGAGGAUUGUCAUGGGGAGGAAGUUGAAGGCUUGGUCUGGAUCUGCAAAUUACAGGAGCUUCGAGCUCAAUCUCUUGGUUCAUGGCAUCAAAGGUCUGACGAUCGGCGACGGCGAGAAACGGGAGAAUUACAGCAUCAUAUUGCAGAUCCAAUGGAAAGGACGGCGAAAUCGAGCUGGGUACCGGUCAAAAUCGGUUAGAAAUACGACGGCCACGCAAUGCGUUCAAGGUGAUGGCUCUGUUAAUUGGAACGAAUCAUUUGAUCAUAUAUGCAAGCUGAAGUUUCUGAACACGAGAUGCUCAUCAAGUUGGGACAUUCAUCUCGAGGUUCAUGGUUUGGCUCAAGAUUCAGAUAGCAGGACAUCAGUUCUCGGCAAAGUUAUGUUGGACCUGGCAGAGUUUGUCACUCUGGAUUGUUCGAAAAGGACCAUUCAGAUUCCAGUUUGUUGCAAUGUUGGAGGAUCUACCAUGGAAACCGAAUUGACGAUGACGCUUGCUUUGUCUGAGAUCAAAACUAAGAGGAGAACCAUGAUCACCCGUGCAAAAUCUCUUUUCUCCUCCGGCGGAUCGUGCAAAGGUCUUUCCCAAAUCGACGAUGGGUCUCAAUUUGUGAUUUCACGGGGGAAGGAAAUGGCUAAAGCAAUUGAACGUGAAGCAGAGAAACAAAAUUCUUCAGAGUAUGAUGGGACCAGCGACUGCAGAUUCACCCCGGAGCAGUCGAAGGAACUUACAGGUACUGAAUCGUCAUCUUCUUCUUCAUCCGAAGAGGAGCCUGAAUUUGGUUAUGGCAACAUAGCCGAAACAAAUCUUUUGGUCGGAAUACAAAUCAGAAAUCAGGAAGGCGACAGGAUCGAAAGCCGGGAAGGUCCUACAUCAGCCUCUGAUUGUCAAACUGCUCCAAGGGCUACGCUCUUCAACCUCCUUUCAUGGAAAACCGCAAGUUUCAGAGGGUCUUACCGACACAAAGGUAUACCAUUACUUAAGAAGGACUGCGAACAUGGCGGUGAUGAUAUCGACGAUGAUCGGCGUAAUCAACCAAAUCAGCAAUCAGCAUCAUCAAGCCCAAGUAAAAUCCCUUCCCCAACAUCAGGAUUUGAUGAUGAUAAUUCCUUUGAGGUUGGAUCUUGGGAAAAGAAACUACUGGUUAGCAGGGAUGGGCAGUCGGAACUGUUCACGAGUACCUUCUUCGCAUCAGUCGAUCAGUGCAGCGAGAAGGUAGCCGGAGAUGGUGCCUGUGCUGUUCUUGUUGCUGUUAUAGCUGAUUGGCUUCACAGGAACAAAGAGACUCUGCCUCUGAAAUGCCAAUUUGACCAGUUGAUAAGAGAAGGAUCAUUGGAGUGGAGAAAGCUCUGUGAAAAUGAGACUCACAUGGAGAGGUUCUCGGACAAGCACUUCGAUAUUGACACUGUCCUUGAAGCAAAAGUGCGCCCGCUCUCAGUUGUUUCAGAAAUGUCAUAUAUUGGAUUCUUUGUGCCAGAUGACAUGACAGAGACCUUCGAUUUUCUGGAGGGGGCAAUGAGCUUUGACAGUAUAUGGGAAGAACUUGUCAAUAACGUUGGACCUGAAGGGAGUGUUUACAUUGUUAGCUGGAAUGAUCAUUUUUUCCUCCUGAAAGUGGAAAUGGAGACUAUUUACUUGAUUGACACACUUGGGGAAAGACUACACGAGGGCUGCAACCAAGCUUUCAUGUUGAAGUUUGACAAGGAUACAACAGUCUAUGGAUUGCAGCCAGGCAAUCCUGACAGGGAGUUGCAGGACACAAGUGACAGUGCCUCAGACCAAGCCAAGGCAGAAAAAGAUGCAGAUUUAGUUAGGGAGAUCAUAAGCCAAGGACGGACUUCCUGCAAAGCAUUUAUCAAGAAGUUUUUGGCAGCCUUGCCUCUGAGGGAACUGCAAGUUGACAUGAAAAAGGGAUUAGUCAGGGAAGACAUGUUGCAUCGUCGUCUGCAGAUCGAGUUCCAUUAUACAUCUCUUUGUGACUAGCCAAGUAUUAAGAGAAACAUGCACAGAUCACAUCGCUGACCAAUUUACUUCCUCAUUCCAGAAACAGUGGCACGUUGUGGCCGGUUCUGUGGACGGUCAACAUGAUUUUCUUUGAUAAGUCUGCCUUGGAAUUUUUGUCCAAUAAAGAGAAUGUCAAUAUGAGAUGUACAUAUGCAUGCCCAGCGGAGCAUAUUCUAGAUUGCACAGUCCAUGUAGCUAAUAAUUAGUGCAUGUAAAGGUUUUUUGGAUUUUUAUGAGUGAAUAUCAAUUGCAUGUUAUUUUUGUAUGAUUUGGACAAUACAAAGAAAUCCACAAAAGAUAUGUGAUUCUUUA